GGCGCGGCAGAGCCGAGUGGGCAAAAGGGCCACCACCGCACACUCUCGAGUCACGUGACCCUGAAGCGGCCGAGUUCUACCGCAGUCAGGGACCUAUCCAAUAGGCAAAAGUCAUAGGGCCUUGUUUGGGAGUGGGCGGAAGGGAGUUCUACGUAGUGGAGUUGAAGGAGCAUCGUAUUGAAAUGUGACCUCGGCCGGAGGCCAAAGGUCAAGAGUCCGGUUGGGGGGCGUGUCCUAGGCUGCCCGACCCGAUGGGGGCGUGGCCUUACGACUCAAUGACGUAAGCGCGAGGCGGGCUCUCCACCGAGGCCCAGUCCUGCGUUAAGGAGGGUGGGUUCUGCAUGGGCUCUCUAACAAAUAGGUUCUGCCUCAUGGAAACUUCUGCGGCCGCUGCAUCUGCCGGGGGCUUCUUCCCCUCGUUCCUGCUCCUGGCGUUUGGGACACUGGUGGCUGCCGUGCUGGGCGCCGCUCACAGACUGGGGCUCUUCUAUCAGCUGAUGCACAAGGUUGACAAGACAAGCAUCCGACAUGGUGGAGAGAGUGUGGCAGCCGUGCUUAGAGCCCACGGAGUACGCUUUGUAUUCACUCUGGUUGGUGGGCACAUUUCCCCACUGCUAGUGGCCUGUGAGAAGCUGGGCAUCCGAGUGGUAGACACACGCCAUGAGGUCACUGCUGUCUUUGCUGCUGAUGCUGUGGCCCGCCUGACUGGGACAGUAGGCGUGGCUGCAGUGACAGCUGGUCCUGGCCUCACCAACACCGUGACUGCAGUGAAGAAUGCACAAGUGGCACAGUCCCCAGUCCUGCUUCUGGGUGGGGCUGCCAGCACCCUGCUACAGAAACGGGGCGCACUUCAGGCCAUUGAUCAGAUGUCUCUGUUCAGGCCACUCUGCAAGUUUUGUGCUUCUGUGCGAAGGGUACGGGACAUUGUACCUACCCUGAGGACUGCAAUAGCUGCUGCCCAGUCAGGCACCCCAGGCCCAGUGUUUGUGGAGCUGCCUCUUGAUGUACUAUAUCCUUACUUCAUGGUUGAGAAGGAGAUGAUACCAGCCAACUUGCCCAAGAGCCUCAUGGGUCGAGUGGUUGUCUGGUAUUUACAGAACUGCCUGGCCAACCUCUUUGUUGGGGCUUGGGAGCCCCGCCCCGAGGGACCUCUGCCCUUGGAUAUUCCCCAGGCGUCUCCCCAGCAGGUCCAACGCUGUGUGGAGAUCCUGAGCCGGGCUAAGAGGCCUCUGCUGGUGCUGGGGAGCCAGGCCUUGCUGCCCCCGACCCCUGCCAACAAGCUUAGGGCUGCUGUGGAGGCCCUGGGUGUCCCCUGCUUCCUUGGGGGGAUGUCUCGGGGGUUGCUGGGCCGCAACCACCCUCUCCACAUCCGGCAGAACCGCAGCGCUGCCCUGAAGAAAGCAGAUGUUGUUGUCCUGGCAGGUGCUGUGUGUGAUUUCCGCCUGUCUUAUGGUCGUGUCCUCAACCGCAAGAGCAGCAUCAUCACUGUCAACCGGAACCGGGAUGAUAUGUUGCUCAACUCGGACAUCUUCUGGAAGCCUCAAGAGGCUGUGCAGGGGGAUGUGGGCUCCUUCAUAACCAAACUGGUGGAAGGCCUUCAGGGCCAGAUGUGGUCCUCAGAUUGGGCUGAGGAGCUUCGGAAAGCUGACCAGCAGAAGGAGCAGACCUAUCGGGAUAAGGCUUUAAUGCCUGUAUUUCAGCACCUGAACCCAGUAUGGGUGUUACAGCAGGUGGAGGAAACUCUACCCGACAACGCACUUCUUGUGGUUGACGGUGGGGACUUUGUGGCCACUGCUGCCUACUUAGUACAGCCCAGAGGGCCCCUGCGCUGGCUCGAUCCUGGGGCCUUUGGGACUCUGGGAGUUGGUGCAGGUUUUGCCCUUGGGGCCAAGCUGUGUCAGCCAGAGGCCGAGGUUUGGUGCCUGUUUGGGGAUGGAGCCUUUGGCUACAGCCUCAUUGAGUUUGACACAUUCGUCAGACAUAAGGUACCAGUGAUAGCCUUGGUAGGGAACGAUGCAGGUUGGACCCAGAUUUCUCGGGAGCAGGUUCCCAGGUUGGGCAGUGACGUGGCCUGUAGUCUGGCUUACACUGAUUAUCACAAGGCAGCCAUGGGCCUGGGAGCCCAGGGAUUGAUACUCUCACGAGAAAAUGAGGAUCAAGUGGUCAAGGUGCUUCGUGAUGGCCAGCAGCUGUGCCAGGAGGGUCAUGCCGUUGUGGUCAACAUCCUGAUUGGGAGGACAGAUUUCAGAGAUGGCUCCAUUUCUGUGUAGGGAUUAUACAGGGUUAGUGUGCUUGCUUCUUUGUACCUGGACUUUGCCUAGCUUAUCUGGUGUCUUCAUCCUUGCCUGCUCUGAGCUUGUCUCACAAGGUCUAACCCUCUGAGUGGGGAAUGGGGAGACCAAAGAGCAAAGAGGCACCUUGGCAACCCUGGGUAGCUCUUUCCACAGGCCCAGCUGUUCCCUUUCUCUCUUAUAAAAUUAAUAAAUCUUUUGGCUAUAUGAGCCCAAGGACUCAGUCACAGAA